AUGGAAGAAACCACUAUAGGGGUUUUAUCUCUACAAGGGGAUUUUCAGCCACACAUAAAACACUUUCUUAAAUUGGAGGAACCCUCACUGAAGAUUAAGGAAGUUAGAGAUAAAUCAGAUUUAAGCUUGUGUGAUGGUUUAGUAAUACCAGGGGGAGAAUCUACCACAUUAAGAAAAUGCUUUUCCUAUGAUAAUGAUUCCUUAUAUAACGCUUUGAAAAACUUCAUACAUGUUGAGAAAAAGCCAACUUGGGGAACAUGUGCAGGAUGCAUUCUUUUGUCAAAAAAUGUCGAAAACAACGAAAUGUACAAUGCAUAUGGAAAUAAUUUUUCAUUGGGGGGACUGGACAUAACCAUUAGUAGAAAUUACUAUGGUUCUCAAAAUGAUAGCUUUAUAUGCUCCUUAAAUAUAAAUUCACAAAAUAGCGUUUUCAAAAAAAAUUUAAGGGCAGCUUGUAUACGAGCCCCAUAUAUAAAAGGAAUAUUAUCGGACAAUGUUGAAACUCUUGCAACUUUUUCACACGAACCUUAUGGCACUAAUAUUAUAGCAGCGGUUGAACAGAACAAUUGUAUAGGAACCGUUUUUCACCCGGAAUUAAUGCCGUAUAUUUGUUUUCAUCAAUAUUUUUUUGAGAAAGUUAAAUAUAAUAAAAAACAUUUAAAGUAA